AAAGAUGAUGUAUUUGUGGAUGUUUGUCAGAGUGGACUAAUGUUGUUUGGAGAAAUACAUGACAAGCUAUAUGACUACCAGAGAGAAGGGGUUGCCUUCUUAUACAGUUUAUACCGCGAUGGAAGGAAAGGCGGUAUCCUUGCAGAUGACAUGGGCUUGGGGAAAACCAUUCAGAUCAUUGCUUUCCUCUCGGGCAUGUUUAAUGAAGAACUCAUUCGGACUGUGCUGUUAAUUAUGCCACCUAGCCUUUUGAGCAACUGGCUUAAAGAGUUUGCCAAGUGGACUCCUGGGCUGCGAGUGAGUGUCUUUCAUGGUCCCAACAAGCAUGAAUGUGAGAAAAAUCUGAAGAGGAUCCAGAAGAGGAGUGGUAUCUUGCUCACGACUUAUCAGCUGGUCCUCAGAAAUUGGCAGCAGUUAUCGAGCUUUAAUGGGAAGGAUUUCAUCUGGGACUACGUCAUCCUUGAUGAAGCUCAUAAAAUUAAAACACCGUCUGCCCAAAUGACAAAAUCUGUGCAUGCUAUCUCUUCUCAAAACCGCAUCCUGCUCACAGGGACUCCAGUCCAAAACAACCUAAAAGAACUCUGGGCUCUUUUUGACUUUGCUUGUCAAGGAUCGCUUCUAGGCACCAUGAAAACGUUCGGGGUGGAAUAUGAAAAACCUCUCAUAAGAGCCAGGACAAAGAAUGCAACCCAGGAAGAGAAAGCACUGGGACUUAAGAUCUCUGAAAACCUGAUGUCCAUAAUCAAGCCGUAUUUCCUAAGACGGAGUAAAGAUGCACUACAGAACAAACUUAAGCCUGAACUUAAAAACAGUCUCCCAGAAUAUCAGAGCAAGACUGUUUCUUCUGAAAUACCUUCUCUGCCCAGAAAAAAUGACUUCAUUGUGUGGGUAUACUUAUCACCCAUACAAAAAGAAAUAUAUAGGGACUUUUUGUCUUUGGAUCAUAUUCAAAAGUUGUUAAUGACCACAAGGUCCCCACUUGCUGAACUGAGUGUCUUGAAUAAACUCUGUGAUCACCCAAGGCUGUUGUCAGCACGAGCAUGUAGCAAACUUGGUCUGGAAGCUCUCAAUUAUAAUACGGUGGAUGGUGAUGAAAAUGAUGGGCAUUCCAGCAUGAAGAGAAACCUUGGGCACAUUUCGGAUGAGACUCUGAUGGCGGAAUCAGGAAAGCUGUGCUUCCUCGUGGCCCUGUUGGAAAGAUUGCAGGAGGAGGGGCACAGAACACUGGUGUUUUCUCAUUCAAGAAAAAUGCUGGAUAUUAUAGAGCACAUCUUAACGCACAGGUGCUUUAAGCUAAUGCGCAUUGAUGGAACUGUAAGCCAUUUGGGGGAGCGAAAAAGGAGAAUUAGUGUCUUUCAGAAGAGCAAAGAAUACUCUGUGUUUCUGCUUACUACCCAAGUUGGUGGGGUUGGUCUAACCUUAACAGCAGCUACCAGGGUGGUGAUUUUUGAUCCUAGCUGGAAUCCAGCUAUAGAUGCUCAAGCCGUAGACAGGGUUUACAGGAUAGGGCAGAAGGACAAUGUUGUAAUCUACCGGCUAAUUUGCUGUGGGACAGUGGAGGAGAAAAUCUACAGAAGGCAAAUAUUCAAAGACUCAUUAAUACGACAAAGCAUGGGAGAUAGGAAAGAUCCAUACAGAUAUUUCACUAUGCAAGAACUAAGGGAGUUGUUCACACUGGGAGAUACUCAAAGCUCAGCAACACAGCUCCAGCUUCAGUCUUUGCAUGCAAGCCAAAGAAAAACAGAUAAUCAGCUGGACAAGCACAUUGCAUAUCUCCAUUCACUGGAGAUAUUUGGCAUAUCAGACCACGACUUAAUGUACACACACGAAGCAGUUCAUGAAGAUGAAGCUGAGGGUGAAGAAGUCCACACGGACAUUGAACAAAGGGUACAGAAUGCCCAAAAGCUGUUACAGCUGGAAUCACAGCUAAAGGACCAACUGAUGAGAAACCUCCGACACACGACUGAAGGGGCAUGGCUGAGAGAAAUGGAAUUGUCCACCCAGCCAAAGAAAAAGCCACAUGAGCCUUCUCCGAAUUACGCUCUCGUCCCACCUGUAACUGACGAACCCACAAGCAGUGAGAACAUCAGUCUUGUAGGUGACAGUGAUGAUGACAUUGUCAAUGUGAGUUCUCAGAUGACAGAGCUACUUAUUAAGGAGAAUGAACGAGUGCUUCAGAACAUAACUAAUAUGGAUAUCUCUGCAUCCAUGAACGAAGAAUGCAAACCAGCCAGUCAACAAGAAGUAACUCCUAUAUCUUCUUUUACUCAAGCUCAUUCAUUAUCUUACAAGGAGUCAUCAGAGUAUGUGUCUAACCAUGUAAAGCAACAAGGCGAGGCUGACAUGUCUCUCAAUGUUCCUACAAGUCCACAUGGAGAGGCAGGUGAAGUUGCUGAGCCAGAUGCCUCAGUAGCACCUCAACUGCAGUCCAGUAAAAUCUCAGACCUCAGUUUUGCGCAGAAAUCUGGAAUGAGUGUAAUAAUGGUGGAUGAGACUCUAUCUGGUUCUCCCCAGUGUGAUUUCAUACUUGUCUCAGAUGAUUCCGUGGAUCAGUUGCACGAUAUCUCAGGAGUUGAAAUGUCAUUGAAGGAUACAGAGAACACAAGAUUUCAACUGAAUAGCCACUGUAGCUCUUGGAACAACAGAAGUCUCCAAGCCAGCAAAAGAUCUAUGGUUAUUGGUGGCUCUGACGAUGUUUUGAUGAACAACAGUGAGCUUUCUUCUCAUCAUAAAAAUAUGCCCGUUAAAAUUAUCAUUUCAGAUAGUGAAGAGGAUGACAGUUGUUUUAUAAUUGAUUAG